GUUGUUAUUAUUAUUCUCCUUGGUUCAUUGUCUCAGUGAGGCUCUGGGUCUGUGGCUCUUUGAUGAGUAUAUGGUAAUAAUAAGAGAAGGGUAACCUGUAAAAUCAAAUUUAAAGCUCUUCUUGUUUGGCUCCCCCAUCCCAUCAACCAGAUCUCAUCUCAUCUCAUCUCAUCUCAUCUCAUCAUCAGAUGUAAUUAAUUGUAAAAACCCUCUUUCUUUCUUUCCUUCCUUCCUUGUGCAAAUUAACUGCAUCAAAACAGGCAGGCAGGCAGGCAGGCAUGUCUGAUCCAACCUCCCUCCACUUGAAGAAGGAGCUUACCCAAAUCCGAAAAGCUGCCCGCCUCCUCCGUGAUCCAGGGACCACCUCCUCUUGGAAGUCCACCUCCAGAUCUGUCCUUCCUCCUCCUUCUACUUCCACCCUCUUCACAAACCACUUCAAUGCCGCCCAUCAUCCCCCUCCCCACCUGGAAUUGCCCAAUGCCAAACACAGCGCCGUCUUCUUGCAUAACUGGAAGCAUCAGAAUCGCAAAUCAAAUCAUCAGUUCGAUGACGAUGCUGAUGCUGAUGCUGAUGCUGCCUCCUCUUCUUGGGUUCAAGACGACAGCUUUAGCGAUGCCAGAAACGAUGCCGAUUCCAAGAGUGACACCUAUUUACCCGACCCUCGCUCUGCUUCCUUCUUAUUCAGGUGCAGGGAUACAAAUCUUGUCUCUCCAAGACUCCUGCUUGGCUCCAGGAAAAAGGGUAAGCGAAAUACUACCACUACAUCUCCAUAUGUUUUAUCUACAAACCACCAACUAAAGGAUGAUUCUGACGAGGAUCUCCACAUUAUCUCAUCUGGAGCAUCCCCUUUGCUACUCAACCCCAAACCCAAACCCAAACCCAAGACGACUAAGGCUAGGUUGAAAAAAACUAGCAGAAAGCUGCACAAGGACAACUCUGUCUCUGUCUCUGCCUCUGCCUCUGCCUCUGUCUCCACCACUCCUGCACUCUCAACUAGUUCUUAUACUAGGUACUAUAAUCGUAAUCCUCCUAGCAAUGUUGGUUCUUGGGAUGCCACCACUACUUCAUUCAACGAUGGUGAUGAUGAGGUGGAUGAUCCCUUGGAUUUGCCUGCCCGUCAGGGAUGUGGGAUUCCUUGUUAUUGGUCCAAGAGACCCUCAAAACAUAAAACCUUGUGUAGGAGUUGUUGCUCUCCCUCCCUUUCUGAUACUCUGAGGAAAGGCACUAGCAUUCUCUGUGGAACUCAGUCGGUAUACAAUGGACAUAGGCCUUCUACCUCACUCUCCAAAAAGCGCCUAACCCAUCCCCAUGCCCAACCUCUUCUUCCAUUGCUUACUGGUAGUGGUAGCGGUGGGAGAGGAGGUUCAUCCCUUGUCACUGGAUGCAGCGACGAUGAACUAUCUACCAAUUUUGGCGAGCUUGAUUUGGAGGCUUUGAGUAGGUUAGAUGGAAGGAGGUGGUCUUCCAGUUGUAGGAGUCAGGAUGGGUUAGAGAUUGUGGCUUUCUCUAGAGAAGGAGAAGCAGAAGCAGAAGAGGAAGGUACCCCAGAAAACACUAACAGCUUCAGCCAGAAAUAUAAGCCAAUGUUUUUCGAUGAACUCAUUGGGCAAACUAUUGUGGUUCAUUCCCUUGCCAAUGCUGUUUCAAGGCGAAGGAUCGCUCCAGUUUAUCUUUUCCAAGGUCCCCGAGGGACUGGGAAAACUUCAACAGCUAGAAUCUUUGCCGCCGCAUUGAACUGUCUGGAUACUCAGGACUCUAAGCCUUGUGGCUGCUGUAGAGAAUGUACUGAUUUCAUUUCAGGGAAAAACAGGGACUUCUGGGAAGUUGAUGGAACCAAUAGAAAGGGAAUAGAUAGAGUUAGGUACCUUUUGACUAGCCUGUCGGCAGGCCUCUCAGCAAGCUCUUCAAGAUACAAGGUUUUUGUCAUCGAUGAGUGUCACUUGCUGCCCUCUAAAAUGUGGUUGGCAUUUCUCAAGUUUCUUGAAGAUCCUCCUCCACGAGUUGUAUUCAUAUUCAUCACAACUGAUCCUGAUAAUGUUCCUCGCACUGUGCAAUCACGGUGUCAGAAGUACCUCUUCAACAAAAUAAAAGAUGUUGACAUCAUGGAAAGAUUAAAGAAAAUCUCCACCGAUGAGAAUCUUGAUGCAGAAUCUGAUGCAUUAGAAUUAAUUGCAUUGAAUGCAGAUGGCUCACUCCGAGAUGCAGAGACAAUGUUAGACCAGCUAAGUUUGUUGGGGAAAAAAAUCACGACAUCUCUUGUAAAUGAACUGGUUGGGGUUGUUUCAGAUGAGAAGUUACGUGAGCUCUUGGAAUUAGCAAUGUCAUCAAAGACUUCAGAAACUGUGAAAAGAGCUAGGGAGUUAAUGGACUCAGGAGUUGAUCCAAUCGUUCUAAUGUCUCAACUGGCCAGCCUUAUUAUGGAUAUCAUUGCUGGAACCUACAAUGUUGUUGAUUCCAAGGACAAUCAGUCAUUUCUUGGUGGAAGAAGCUUGACUGAUACAGAGUUGCAGAGAUUAAAGCAUGCCUUGAAGCUUCUAUCUGAGGCUGAGAAACAGCUAAGGGUUUCAAGUGAACGCUCAACAUGGUUUACAGCAACUCUUCUACAGCUUGGUUCACUGCCUUCACCUGAUCUUAUGCAGUCAGGCUGUAGCAGCAGGAGGCAAAGCACUAAGACAACCGAGGAUGCUACAUCAUACACUUCAAAGGAAGGUACUGCUCCCAGGGAGAAGUCAGGCGUCUGCUACAUGCCUAGGAAGUCAACAUCUCCUGCUUCCUUGCAUAAAUUAGUAAAUGGGAAUUCCAACCAUCAAGUAGAUUUAUUAUCUUUGAUUGAUGGUUAUAAAUCCAAUUUCAAGCCACCUCAUGAUCAAAAUAGAGGUGAUGAUGCUUUGGCUACCUCAUGUGAGACUAACGUCAUUGGAAAUAUGAUACUUGAAUUCAAAAAUUCACCAAAAUUAGAUAAUAUCUGGGAAAAGUGUAUUGAAAGGUGCCACUCAAAGACACUAAGGCAGCUAUUACAUGCAUAUGGAAAGCUUCUUGCAAUCUCAGAAAAUGAAGGUGUUCUAGUUGCCUAUGUUGCAUUUAGGGAUGGGGAUAUUAAGUCAAGGGCUGAAAGGUUUUUGAGUAGUAUCACGAACUCUAUUGAAAUUGUCAUGAGACGUAAUGUGGAGGUGAGAAUGAUCCUCUUGCCUGAUGGCGAGGUUUCUUUAAACUGUGCAAAGGAUCUACCAGUAAGUCUUCGGCAGCCAGUGGAAAAAACUACAGGGAUUGGGAAGGAAAGGAAGGCAACUUCCAUAAGUGCAAUAGAUGGUUUAAUUUCUAAUUUAGACUUGCAUCAGGAGUCCCUAAAAGUAUCCAGAGGAAGUUUUAGUGAUUUGGAAGAUAAAGUGAGAGGAGUAGAUGGUUCCACACAAUCCCUUUCUGGAUCCCCUGAGUUAACUGAAGGCAAUGCUGAAAUCAGUGGUUCAAAGGAGGGUAGGCAAGAGAUUCCAAUGCAGAGAAUAGAAUCCAUCAUCCGUGAACAAAGAUUAGAGACUGCCUGGUUACAGGCAACAGAGAAGGGCACUCCUGGAUUAUUGAGCCACUUGAAACCUGAGAAGAAUCAGAUCCUGCCUCAGGAAGUCUUUCGUAAAAAUCAUUUGGGAUCAAUUAACUCAUCUCAGCAAUGGGAGGAUGAAUUAAAUCAUGAACUAAAAAAUUUGAAAAUGGAUGAUCAAAAGGCACAUGAGAAGGAACAGCUUGGCAGAAGGGCUGAUCAUUACCCUAUGUCACCAAGCCUACUGCACGAUAGCAAUUUUAACAAAGAAAGCCUUGGAUAUGAAUCGGGGUCAGGAACUGGAGGUUGCAGUGCACUCUUCUGUUGGAAUAACAUCAAGUGUCACAGAAGGGGAAAGGUGAGGAGAAAGCCUGUUGGAUCACGAAAAAGUGGUCGAAUUUCAUUAUUUGGUGCAUGUGUGAUGGCAAAGAAAAGUGACAGCCGAUUUAGAAGAUAAAUUGGUGAAUAUAUUGAAUUAUACAUAUUCUUUACCAGUUAAAGCAAUGCCAGCAGGCACAAAAUAGAAAACAUUCAAUUUUCGACAUUAAAUUUGUUUAUGAACUUUUUUCUGGCUUGGGAUUACAAUGUUUCAUUUUAUCUUAGAUCAAUGGAAAAUAGUUCAAAGGAAAGAGAUUGUCUUAUUAUGGUUGUAGAAAUAAUCAAAUGUUGAAUUUUUUGUGUCACUCUUGGGUUGGGAUUGCAGAUAAAUAAAAUCACAAACUACUUUUAUUAAAUUGAAAAAUAACAGACUUAGGUGUUU